CGGUGGGAGCAGCGGGCCUCCGCGGAGGCGGCCUUGCUGAGGGAGGGGGCAGCCGCGGGCUGCGGAAGGGAGGAGGGCGUCAGCGGCGGGGGCAACCGCGGGCGGCGCUGCAAGCGGAGAGGACCUCCGUCGCGGUGGGAGUAGCGGCGACGGCGGCGGAGACCUCCGCGGUUGUCCCUCUCGCCGUCCGCCGCCGCUUUACCCGCUUAUCCCACCGCGACGAGGAAGGGCGGGAGGCGGGGAAGAAGGGGGAAGGGGAGGAAGCGGCGGCGGCGGCGGAGGAGGGGCAGCGACAGUGGCGAGAAGUCGGCGCCGCUCAAGGCGGCAAAUCGAGGAUGGCGGAAAAGGGCGGCGGGGACUCCGAGAUGGGGGCGAAUCCGGACUCGAUGCAGAAACUCCUCGCCAAGAAGGCCGUCUUCGUCGACAAGGAGCCCUUCGCCAAGGCUUCCCUCAUCUCCGAGCAAGCGCGCACCAUCAAGGUUCUUGAACAUGGGAGGGAGUUCUUGUGGGGAGCAUUGGCCGGUGGGUUUGGAGAGGGUAUGAUGCAUCCGAUUGACACUCUGAAAACAAGAAUGCAGAGUCAGGCUGUUAUUAGUGGCACUCAUGCUCAGAAGAACAUCCUGCAAAUGGUCAGGAAUGUCUGGGUUUCAGAUGGCCUGAGAGGAUUUUACAGAGGGAUCACUCCAGGUGUGACUGGAUCACUGGCAACCGGUGCAACUUACUUUGGUGUGAUAGAAUCUACCAAGAAAUGGUUGGAAGAAGCAAAUCCUAGACUUAGUGGUCAUUGGUCUCACUUCAUUGCGGGAGCAAUCGGAGAUACACUUGGUUCUUUUGUCUAUGUGCCAUGUGAAGUCAUGAAACAACGUAUGCAGGUGCAAGGCACUAGAAAAUCUUGGGCAUCAACAAUUAUGAAAGAGAACAUUUCUCAGAAGCCAGGGGAGAGAAUGUAUGGUUAUUAUAAUGGAAUGUUUCAAGCAGGCCAUUCAAUUUGGAAGCAACAUGGUCUAAAAGGUUUAUAUGUCGGGUACUGGUCUACACUUGCGAGGGAUGUGCCAUUUGCUGGUCUUAUGGUAACCUUUUAUGAAGCACUAAAAGAUUUCACGGAGUAUGGAAAGCAGAGUUUUUUACCCAAUAGUAACCUGCAUGUUGGCAGUUCUUUUGAAGGUCUGGUUUUAGGAGGAUUAGCUGGUGGAUUUAGUGCAUACCUUACAACUCCUUUGGAUGUGAUCAAGACAAGAUUGCAAGUGCAAGGAUCGACCAUAAGGUACAACGGAUGGCUGGAUGCGUUAAAAAGAAUAUGGAUGGCUGAGGGCUUUAAUGGUAUGUUUAGAGGCAGUGUUCCGAGAAUAAUGUGGUAUGUCCCAGCCUCUGCCCUCACCUUUAUGGCUGUGGAAUUCCUAAGAGAUCACUUUAAUGAGAAAUUAGAUGAUGAAUUCAAUGGAGUCACUGGUUUAUCACUAGACCCAAGCCCUAACAUUCAAGAAGCAGAAUCUUGCACCUGAGUUGCCUUUGCUAUCAUGACCAUUAUCAAGUUCUUUCUAACAAUUCGAACAAUCUUCUUGCAUGGAAAGUUCAAGCUGGUUGGAAGAGGAACAAACAGUCAACACAAUUCUUCUAGUAAGGCACGAUCAUGUGUAAACCUACACUGCAGAAUAGUGGGAUUCCUUAGCUUGUUAGUGACUUUGAUAUUAUGUUCCUUGAAUGACUUGCUUGUUCCACA